AUGGUUGUCAAGGUUGAAGGCGGUGAUGGAAGACGAGUAGUUGGGAGAGGUGGGAGCGUUGGCCUGGAAGUUGGGGGUGCAGGCGGUGUACGGCUUGUUACUCUGGACGUUGAACUGGGGCGAGGCGUGGGAGUUGGCCUAGAGGUUGGUGGUGUAGGUGGUGUAUGGGUAGUCACUCGGGAGGAGGAACUUGGCCGCGGAGGAACCGGUCUUGAAGUUGGAGGAGCAGGCGGCGUGCGAGUCGUCACUCUAGACGACGAACUCGAACGAGGCGGAAUCGGCCUCGAGGUCGGUGGUCGAAUAGUCGUUGAGUUCCACGAGGGCACUGUUGCCGAAAUCGUCGGCCUGCUCCAUGAGCUUCUCGUCACCCUAGACGACGAACUCGGACGAGGAGGAAUUGGCCUCGAGGUCGGUGGUCGGAGGGUCGUUGAGUUCCAUGAAGGUACUGUUGCAGAGAGUGAUGGCCUACUCCAUGAACUUCUCGAUGUUGGCCCGGGGUUGCGUGUUGAUGGCCUCCAUGGAAUCGAGACAUUGAAUGAGGAUGCUGGGAUGGAGAAUGAGGUUGGUCUUGUUAAUGGAACUGAGAUACGACUAGUUGAUGGGCGUCUAGUAGGUAUGAUAGAAAUGUUGAGUGAUCGCGUGGGUAGCACUGGGGGUGAAAGAGAUGGCCAGGACCAGCUAGAAGUAGGGAAGGGCACUGGAGUCAGGGAUACGGAAGUGUUCCAACCCCCCGUUGGAAAAGACCCUGUAAUGAAAGUCGGCGUACGCGAAGGGGAACUUGGGGGAGCGACUGUGACAUUCAGCGACGUAGAUAGACUUGGAACCGGGACAGACCAAGUAGGAAAGGCUGUUGGAAGAGGAAUUGGCGUCAGAGAGAGCGAAGAAUUCCAAGGAAUGGUCGUAGGCACGCUUAUUGUAAUGAUAGGUGGACCUGUAGAGACCAGAGAUGUAGCAGAGGGGAGGGGCAAGGUAGCGGUGAUGGAUGGAACACUAAUCGUGCGCGAAAGAUUGAGUGAUGGGAAAGGCGGUACAAUAGAUGAUAACCUUGUUGACGAUGAAAGUGAUACUGAUGGGAAACUCAGUGUAGCGCUGAUGGACGGGAAUGGUCCAGGGAUGGAAAUGUUUACGGAUGGGAAAGGUGGCACAAUGGACGAUAACCUCGAAGACGAUGAAACUGAUAGUGAUGGGAACACCAGAGUAGCGCUGACGGAUGGAAAUUGCCCAGGGAUGGUUAUGUUGACGGAUGGGAAUGGCGGUACAAUCGAAGACACCCUCGACGAGGAUGGAAUCAACACCGACGUAAUUGGAACCGACGCACUGACCGUUGGGACCGUGAUAGAUCUCGAGAUAUUCACUGACGGGAUCCCAGGAAUGAUCGAAGACCGCACGCUGGACGAGGAAGGGACAACCGAAGACAACACGCUAGAUGGAGACGGUACCGGAAUCGAGGGUAAUGACAGCGUUGCACUAAUGGACGGGAAUCCAAUUGACCUUGAAAUAAUGGUCGACGGAAUUGGGGGUACAACAAUGUCGGUGAACGACAGUGAUCCACUGACUGACGAGAUACCUGGUCCAACUGAUGGGACUCCGCUUGAAGGUACUGGAACCAAGACAGAUGAGAUCGGGGUCGAAACCGCGCUGGUCGGGAUAGGAAUCGAGAUGUUAGUCGGGAAAGGGGGGAAUGUAUUAGUUGGCAGCGAGGGAACUAUAGAGAAGCCUAUCGAUGCCGGUGGUGUGGAGACAAUGGGAACUGUAAGAGUUGGACCAGCGGACGAUACCACAGGGAUGCUAAGACUGGGGACCACGCUGGAACCGGACGCCGAAAGCGAUGGUAUUCCAAAAGAGAUCGAAGGCACAAUGGAAGGGUUCAAUGAUACACCAACGGACUGCGAAGGAGUAGGGAUACCUGGCGGUAGCACGAAAGUCUGGGACACUUCCUGCGCGUCGACUCCAAGGGCAAAACCCAAAGCAGCAGCGACGGUUAUCUCAAACAGCAUCUUCUAUUUCCUCGCCGUUCCUGUCCCGAUCCAGUUGGCCGGAUAUGGGGGUGAAAUAGGAAGAUUCCUUUCAGUCCUGCACUGCUACUCCGGCACACAGCUGCGUCCGCUUUAUACCCACAACUUCACCUCGCAUCAUUGGGAUUGUUUAGGUCGCCAAGUAUAA